UAACCAAUUUGUUCUUUAAAUUGCGCGAUGUUAUAAUUUUGUCUUUUGAACAAGUUAGACGUUAAAACAUUUAUAUAAUGUAAUGUAAUAUUAAAAUAUAAUCUUAAAAAAUAAGAUGGAACUUAGCUAUAUUUUAUCCAAUUUAAUAUUGUGGAUGUUCAUCAAUUUGACUUGGGGAGAACCUCUUAAGAGAUAUCAGACCCCGUGUCCAAAUGAGUGUGACUUAAAAAAGUGUCCAAAAUUACAAUUCUGUGACGGUGAAAUUGUAAAAGACAGAUGUCGCUGUUGUCCGGAUUGUUCUACGAAUAUUGGAUUCAAUAGUAGUUACGCUCAAAAAGAUGGUGCCUGUAAGCAAGUGUCGUGUCCUAGGUUUAAAGUCUGUAUGGAAAACAUGCAGGGAUUGCCACUAUGUACUUGUCCAAACCCAUUUGUUUGCAAAGGCCGACGGAGACACGUUUGUGGCAAAGAUGGAAAUACGUAUGAAUCUAGGUGUCACUUGAGAGUUACAUCAUGUCACAAAUCAAAACGCAUCAGAAUGGCCCACAAGGGGGCGUGUGGAAUGGUAGGAACACAGGAACACGGAACAAAUGUAAAAUAUAAAGAGACAGAAUUUGAUAUAAGUGCCAAACGACGAAAAAAUAGAAAACAAUUAAAGCGAAAAAACAAAAAAUCCAAGAAAAGACGGAGACGUAAACAGAAAAAUAGAAAAAAUAGAAGAACGAAAAGAAGACGUACGCUUGGACCUAAAGCUAAGAGAGCGAAGAAAGAAAGAAGGAAAAAUAAUUUAAAAGAUAAAACUGCAUUGAAGAAUGGAUAAUCAUAUAGUAUAUAUGAUAAUCUGAAACAAAAGAUCUCAAAUGUACAGCCAGUAUCAAUUCCGCAUAUGUAUAAAACUUCUAACUUAUUCAAAAGACUGUAUUUACAGCAUAAUGAACCCUUGAAUCACCAUUGUUUCAUGAAACUGAUUUGGAGAAGAACUUAAUUCAGUACUAUUUGCGUUUAACCAAUCACAGACUUUUACACAUUCCGACAGAACUGUGAUAUUUCUAACAAACUUACACUCUCGUCUGCUAAAACACAGUUGGUUGGAUAUUUAAGGAAACGAUUUGUGCCGGACAUUUUUUGCAACAAUUACUGCCUGAUUUAAAGCUGUUAUAUUAGGUUCAUUCAUUGUUGACUUGAAACGAAUACGAUUAGGUUCAUUAAUUGAUGUAUAAAUGUAUUUUCAAGAUUGUUAAUUGUUUUUGUAAAUGUUGUUAAUCAUUCUUAAAUGUAAGUCUUUCAUUAAAAUUGUAUUAUUUGCAAAAUAGAUAAAAUUAUUGAUAUACCUAGA